AUGUCAAAAGCUCCAUCAUCUUCUUCCAAAACUUCGAAAAAAGUAUGCAUCAUUCCCUUCCUUCGUGGACUUCUGGACGACGACUCAAAGAAGAAUAUCAUCUGCUGGACCGACAAGAAAAAUUUAGAAUUAAGACUAUUGGAUCAACACAAAGUUGCCGAACUGUGGGGACUCAAUAAGCCAGGGAGAAAAGUCAAAGUGAUGACGUACGACACGAUGUCAAGAUCGCUUCGAGAGUUUUGUAAAAAGAAGUUGUUGAUAAAACUCGAUGGAAGAAGUUGUGGAUAUCGAUUCGUGGAUGAUUCUGAAGCCUCUGUUGAAAAUCAACCACCUUUGCUAUUUGGAAUUGACCGUCUUAUAUCAGGUGACUUCGGAAAUUCUUUGUCAGGAUCAACCUCCAAGCCAUCGGAUUCUACUUCUGGAACGUGCACUUCAGCACUCCCGAAUCCCUUAAAUCAAGCUGGCACCCACUGA